GGCCAGACGCCCGAGCUCAUGUCACACGUCUGACGCGACUUCUCGCAUCACGAAUCGCGGCAUAAUCCACCAACCAACCAGUCCACCACCCAUCACUCACAGCCAUGAACAACAUCCGCGAAAUCGAGCGCUUAAACCAGCUCGAGCUCGACAAUGCCGUUCCAACCUCAGCGUCAUGGCACAACGACUGGAACGACACGGCCUAUGUAUACAUCGGUGGCCUCCCCUACGAGCUCAGCGAAGGUGACAUAAUCACAAUCUUCAGCCAAUUCGGCGAACCAACACACGUGAACCUAGUGCGCGACAAAGAUACCGGGAAAUCCAAGGGGUUUGGGUUCUUGAAGUAUGAGGACCAGAGGAGUACAGUGCUUGCCGUUGAUAAUCUGGGUGGAGCAAAUAUUCUGGGACGGACAAUUCGCGUCGAUCACUGUCGGUAUAAGCCGCCUAAGGAAGGAGAAGAGGAAGGACAGGGGAUGGGAGCCGUCGGUGGGAAGGAUGAAGGGGAGCGGGAAGAAAAGAGGAGAAGGACAGAGGAGAAGGAGGAGGAACCCGAUACCGCGAUGGCAAAGCCUCGUAGGAGACACCGCAGUCGGUCGAAGGAUAGGAAGCGGGAUGGGUCAAGGGAACGGAGGCAUCGCGACCGCUCGAAGGAAAGGAAGCCCCGUGAUCGCUCGCGGGAACGGAAGCAUCGAGAUAGUUCGAAGGAAAGGAGACACCGUGAUGGCUCAAAAGAGAGGGAGAGGAAGUCUCGCGAUGUUUCCAAGGAGAGGGAGAGGAAGCACCGCAGUGGUUCGAAGGAAAGGAGGCAUCGCGAUCAUCGGUCACGGUCUAGGGACAGGGAAAGGGAGAGGAAACAUCGGUCUCGAAAAGACUGAAGCAGUUCACAUGCAAGUAUGAGGAAACGAAUUGAUCAUGCCUCGAGUAAUGGCGGCCAGAAGGAACCUGCAG